UUAUCACACAUUCACACACGACGUCGUUUUGGCGUCCGUAGUUCGUAAGAACUACGAAAGAUUAUUAUUAUUCUAAACUUCUUAUAAGAGCGUUAAAAUGACGCGCGAACUGCGCUGAUUGCUGAUUACUUCUCGACUGACGACUUCGCUCAGGCCUGUCCGACUGCAGUUCAUCGCGUGUCGUCGAGACGUUGAUCCGGCUGUUCGAACAUGCGACUCUCGAGUGUCGACCUAUCGUGCACAGGAGUGGUCUAGUAGUCGCGUUUGUCGUCCUUCGUAACGAUCGGCAUAGUACGUCUGCGGAAUUGGCCUGUCGGAGUGCUUUUGAGUGUACUCCGCAAGUGUUGGUACAUGGUAUUAAUUCGACCUAACGAUGGCAUUGAAUCCGACUUCUGCCAACGAUCACACGGUCAACAAAGUGGCCGUGUGUUCGGCGAUUUUUGCCGGUUUUGCGUAUGUCGGGUAUUCGGUUGCCAAGAACGCGUUCGGACGACGUUUGGGCAGGAAGAACGACGAUGGGUGCCAUCAUGAAGAUCAACGUCUGUAUUUUCGCCGUCUGUCCCAGACAACUCAGACCGAUGUCCUACUUGGAAACUUGGAUAAUUCAGACACUAGUCGUGUGUUCCUUCGACCUAUGACCGUCCAGCAAAGAAUUAAAGAGCUUAAUUUACGGGCAAGAAUGUUUGCCGACACGAUGAUGGCUAUACAAACGCCUUCAAACAAACAUUCCUUACAUGGACCUAGGAGCUUACAGGCAUCACCAUGGAAUUCACCUAGAAUAAUGAGUCCUGUAGAUGCUAGACAUAUACUAGGAAGUCGGUCCACAGAAAACCUAAGAUUGUGUGAUAACUAUGCUUUGGAAUCAAAUUUUGGCACACCGUUAAGAAGAAAAAGUUCUAACAGAUCGUUAAGAAGAAAAUCUCCGCAACCGGGUGAACACAGACUUUCUGUAAGCCAGUCUAAUCAAGAUAUGGAAGAAUUUGAAAAGAUUAAUCAACCAUCUUUGUUAAAUAGACCUAUGGAACCGAAUGAAGCUAAAAAUUUAUUAUUAUUGAUGGGAUCCAGAGAUAUUCUAGUACUUGAAAAAGUACUUGUGACUGUUAGUAAUUUAGCAACAUUUACUCCAAACCAAGAAGUAAUGAGGGAAGCUGGAUACUUGAGCCAACUUCAACAACUGAUUUAUCAUCCUGAAGAAUCUGUUCAAAUAACUGCUCUUGUAGCAUUAGGAAAUUUGGCUUUAAACAAAAAUAAUUCAAAAGAAAUGAAGGAGACAAUACCAAUGUUAUUAGCCCUAAUGAAAAUGAUGGAUUCGGAUGAGAUUAUUUACAAUUGUUUAUCCACUAUGACAAACAUUGCAGUAUUCCAUAUGUGGCACAGUGAAUUGCAACCGGCUAUACAUACUUUAUAUGGCCUAUUAGAGAGUCAGAAUAACAAAGUUGUUCUUCAAUGCUUAAAACUAUUAAUCAACUUAUCCUGUAAUGAUGAUAUGAUUCCUCAUCUUUUAGGAGGACAAGCUCCCAAAAAACUAUUGUCCAUGUUGCAAUUGAAUGAAAAUGAAGAUGUUCUACUUAGAGUUGUAACAUUGUUUAGCAAUCUUACUGAUGCUGUAAAAGCAAUGGAAUUGGAUCCUGUAUUAGAUUUGCCUGUAGAAGAUAAGGCUGCAGCUCCUGAUACUAUUUUGUUUAGCAGGUAUGCCAACAUUUACGGUGUUAAUGUGGUAGAGAAAAUACGCACAAAAAGUUUAGUACUGAUGAAACAACAUAAAAAUGAAGAGAUCAGAGUGCGUGCACAAAAAAUCUACAACGCUCUAUCUGACUAAAUUUAUAUUGCAAACAAGAUUAUUAACAACAUCACAUUCCGAUAGUAUUUGAGUUUUUAUUUACUGUUUAAAAAAAUUUAUCAACGAAUACCUUGUUAAAAAGUAAGUUUCAUUACUAGGUUUAUAAAUUAUACAUUAUUGAUACAAACUGACAUUCUAUUUAAAAUAUUUUAAUCAGUAAUAUAAGCUAUUAUAGAAUUAUUUUUAUCACCUUUUAUUAUUAUCACUGUUGUUAAUAGCAAUAAUUGUGUGGUUUGCUACUUUAUUGGGAAUUAAUGAGUUCCUAGAAAUAAAAUAAUUGUACUUUUUAUGUAGUGCCAUACAUAUUUUAACUAUAAUUUACUUUAUCAAAAAUCACUUAUGAACA